AUGGCAACCUCGUAAUUAAUGUGCAAACCCCAGUGGCAAUUGGAAACAUUGGCUAUAUCAUUAUCAUCCUCCGCGAUCUACCACAAGACCUCGGUCAUAUCGACCAAAAUCUCCCCGGUCCGCCAUAAAAGGAAAAAACAAAUCAAAGUAUCAAAAGAACUGAAGCUAAGGUUCUCGUCUUUGUUGUCGGAAGAAAAAAGAGAGGCAGAGAUGCUGAAGCUUUCUUCUUGCAAUGUGGCGGACCAGAUUCAGGCCUUGGCCCAAUGCAGAUUCCCGGGUUCACCAGGUCCAUUCUCCUUUUGUCCGCGGAGCCCAGUCUCUGUUUCCUUCUCUCCGGCCAGCAGACUCAACCUGACGCUGGUUCAAGCAGUUCUGUCGGCCCAGCAACAAGCGGGGACGGAGCUGGUCGAAUCCGGGUCCGGGAGUUUUGCUCAGCGGCUCCGAUUGGGUAGCUUGACGGAAGAUGGAUUGUCUUAUAAAGAAAAGUUUAUCGUGAGGUGCUAUGAGGUUGGAAUUAACAAAACUGCCACCGUUGAAACUAUUGCUAAUCUCUUGCAGGAGGUUGGAUCUAACCAUGCUCAAAGUGUUGGAUUUUCAACGGAUGGGUUUGCUACCACUAAAACCAUGAGAGAAUUGCAUCUUAUAUGGGUGACUGCACGCAUGCACAUCGAAAUAUACAAAUACCCUGCUUGGAGUGAUGUGAUUGAAAUAGAGACAUGGUGCCAAAGUGAGGGAAGAAUUGGAACCAGAAGGGACUGGAUUCUAAAGGACUCUGCAACUGGUGAAGUUAUUGGAAGAGCUACAGGCAAGUGGGUGAUGAUGAACCAGGACACUAGGCGGCUGCAGAAAGUUAGUGAUGAUGUCAGGGAAGAACAUUUAAUCUUCUGUCCACGAAAACCUAAAUUAGCAUUUCCGGAGGCGAACAACAAAAGUUUGAAGAAAAUUCCCAAAUUAGAAGAUCCUGCCCUGCAUUCCAGGCUUGGGCUUAUGCCAAGAAGAGUUGAUCUGGACAUGAACCAGCAUGUCAAUUACGUCACCUACAUUGGAUGGGUUAUGGAGAGCAUGCCUCAAGAGAUUAUUGACACCCAUGAACUGCAAACUAUAACAUUGGAUUAUAGGCGGGAAUGCCAACGGGGUGAUGUGGUGGAUUCGCUUACCAGUCCAGAGUCAAUCGGGGGAACAAAUGGGUCUGCAGGUACAAGAGAAGACUACCCUACGUUCUUGCAUCUAUUGAGAUUUUCUAGUGAUGGACAGGAAAUAAACCGAGGUCGUACUGAGUGGAGAAAGAAACCUGCGAGAUGAGGAAAUAAUUUAGUUUAAGGUGCUUUUGGUGCUUUCAUCAAUUGUCAGGUUUACCUCUUCUUUUUCUCAGUGUGUUUGUAUUUUCUUAUUCACUCGCGGAGGAAUUUGCUUCAAAUGCAGUCGUAGAAUGUGUAUUGUGGUGUGGAGCUCAAAAUCAAUAAAUCAUGAAUUAGAUAUAGCAUAUGAUCUUUGAUGCAUCCACAUCAAAAUCCACGAAUCAGUUGUGCUUCCUUUCGUCUUCUGUUGCUUCUUGUAAGCCUUAAUGUCUUAUUUACGGAAUAAAUAAUAUUUGAACUUCUGGGUUAUGAAU